UGACGUCUCGAUCUGAGCUCAAGCCUCAAUCAAUCCUUCACAGAUCUGAAAACAGUCGGCCACCUCCGUCAUCGCACUAGUAAGCCUUUUCCCGCAACCUUCAGCCCGUUGUUACGCGUCGCGAUGGCGCAACCCAAUGAAUUCGACGCGUCGUCUCUCUCCUCGCCACCCUGCGUCCUCGUGCUGCUUCCGGACGGCUCGGCGCGCCUUUACGACGACGCGCGUCUCACGGCAUCAGCAGUGCUCACCGACUUCCCCCGCCACCUCCUCCUCUCCACCCUCAGCAGCGCCACGCGCCGCGUCCCCUUAUCCCCUGAGGCAGCCCUCAAACCGGGUCGAACUUACUUUCUCGUUGCCGACACGAAGCGCCCGGCGCUAACUGUGGCGGGAAUUACGGCGAACGUUUUCGCGCAGACGUCGCCAUCGGCCUCGCAAUCCUCGCCGGCGAGAGUGUUUCGCAAGUCGCAAACCCUGCCCUCUUCCGGCAUGCCCGCGGAUGCGUCCGAAGCCGACUCGAAGUCGGCUCGCGGUUCCCCGCGAAUCGCGACGCAGCGACUACCCCGAACGUGCGGCCCAGUUUCCCCGCUCUCGACGCUGUCUCCCUACUCGCCUCCGCUGUCCGAAAGCGCGAUCCCGCUCGAGUGUCACCACAGUAAAGCGCGCAGCUCCCCUCCCAAGACGUGGAACGACGGAGCGGAGCAGACGGGGAGCAUUAUGAGAACCACAAGCACGUGCGAGUUUCGCGGCGGGAGCAGCAGCAGGACCACUAACUGUCGGGACGCUGGUUGCACACAUGCCGUGCUUCCGUCGCGACGACAGGACGGGCGCACAGCCAACCGAACUCUCCUCGAGCUCGAAACCCUGGACGACUUGACAAGCGAUGAUAGCGCCGACUACAUUCAAGGCCGACAGUCUCCUUUCGGAGCGCCUUCGCAACUCACAUCGGCGGAGCCAAUCACAUCGAGCCGGCGAACAUCGUCGAAUGUCUCUAAGCAGUCGGUGAUCGACAGAUUCUCUCAGCUAAAAGCGUGGAGUUUCAGAAGCAGAGGCACCGGCCGGAAGAUGAACAAGAGCCAGAGCCAGCAGAACAUCCCGAUCGGUGUUCCCAAUGCUCCAGGCCUCGGGGAGGACAUCAUCGGCGGAAAGCGACACCCAGCGGCGCUAAGGCAUUGUGAAGAGGAUGAAGCCUCCUGGAGAAAUCUGGACGACAGAUCGAUGAUGUUUACGGACACGCAGAUUCUAGGUCGUCGGAACAAGCUUCAACCAGACGCCAGCGCGGCUACUCCUAGCGCGGCCGUGUUUGUUGGUGGAGUAAAGGAAUUCCCCAGACGGCGGUCGUCGCAAGAGAAAGAACCCUAUGCCAUCGACUACGAGCACCAUUACUCCCAGGCCUUUUAUCCAGAGUGCUACAAUGAGCCCAUGUUUGCCUGAUUUCGAUCCGGACACAUGUAUCAAUAUUGUAAUAUUUAUGCAUAUAUUAUUUCCAUCCAUACAUAUCCGAAUGAAU